AUGGCCAAGUCCACCAAGGACACAGGCAUGGACCCCAAGGCGAAACUCAGGCCAUUUGAGAAGCUAGCCACACUCCUGGCCUACCUCGGCCCUCCUGAACACAAGCCCCUGGAUUCCCAAUGGUCCAGCAUGGACAUGACGUCGUCCAACUUCGAAGAAAUCAUGUCCAAGCACAACAUGCACGAAAAGGAAGAGUUCAAGUCGAUCAAGAGUCUCAAUAUUUUCUACCAAGCUGGUACGUCAAAGGCUGGCAACCCCGUGUUCUACUACAUUGCCCGACGGUACAAGAUUGGCGAGACCAACGGGGAUUUGCUCAUGUAUCACGUUAUCCUCACGCUUAAGCCGUUUUGCAAUAAAGCCUUUGAGCUGGUUGUGGAUUUCACGCACACGUGUUCGGAUAAUCGGUUCCGGACGGAAUUUUUGCAAAAGUGGUUCGUCGUUUUGCCCGGAGUCGCGUACGAGAAUAUCCAGGCUGCGUAUAUUUACAAUUGCAACUCUUGGCUUCGGGAAUACACGAAAUUCCACGAGCGAUCCAUAUUGUAUCCGAUCAAGGGAAAUCGCAAGUUGAUCUUUUUGGACACGCCGCAGAGAUUCACGGAGUUUGUUGAUAUUGACCAGCAGAAGUUGCCCGGAGCUACGACUUCGUUGGACGAGGAUCUGAAGGGGCCUUCCGCCAUUCAGAUCACUUCAGCGGAGAAGACCAAGGUUUUGGGACACUCCGUGCUGCUCAACGAUGUAUAUUACGCGGCGGAGAUUGAAGAAGUUUGCCUGGUGGACGACAACCAAUUCACUCUGACGAUCGGGAACGAAGCUGGGCCUUUGUCAUUCAUUCAUAAUGAUUGCGAUUCCAUUGUGCAAGCCAUCAUUCACAUACGAACGAGAUGGGAGUUGUCGCAACCGGACACGGUGACGGUGCAUCAAAAGAUCCGUCCCAAGGACGUCCCAGGCACGCUACUCAACAUGGCCCUGUUGAACCUGGGCUCUUCGGACCCGAGUCUUCGCACAGCCGCCUACAACCUCCUCUGCGCCGUCACAGCCACCUUUGACCUCCGAAUCGAAGGCCAGUUGUUGGACUCCGUCAACGGCGACGACGAACAGCCGAUGAUGGACGCCGCCCCGUUCCGCGACAUUCAAAUGCGAAUGAAAAAGAGCCAC